AUGGAGACUAAGAAGUUCUAUGAAAGAUGUGGUAGAAUGCUGCGAGAUGUUAAGGAGAAGAGAAUGGGAAUAAAAACUGCGUGUUAUAAGACAGAAAUGCCCACAAAAUACAUGGCAGUGCUUAGCAGUAUAUUAAGAAGAUUUGAUGUACUGUCACGUAUAGUAAACGCACUGGACUUUGAAAUUCGGAGUAAAUGGCAUGCAAUUGUUCUAUGCUAUGAAAUUUUAUACGGAAAUAAGAGGGAAGCAACGCAGUUUAAUAAAAAAUUAAUAAAAAAAGUAAAAGAGGUAUACAAGUCGCUUGGAAUUGUUGAGAAAGAGAAGAAGCAGGAGGACACCACGCCUGCCUAUCUGCGAAUAAACACAAUCAAGGCAGACGAGUCUGCUAUAUCCUCGCUGGCAAUAGAGCGCACUAUUAUCCCCAAUGUGUACAAGGUAUUAGAAAAAGUAAAUUGGAGUAAGCUAAAGAGCUAUCAGGAUGGGCUGUUUUUUAUACAAGACUUAUCAAGCUGCCUUCCUGCGUAUGUUUUAAAGCCGGCUAAGAACAGCGUAGUGAUAGAUGCCUGUUCAGCUCCAGGGAAUAAAACCACGCACUUAGCAAUGCUUUCUCCUACAAGCACAAUAUAUGCAGUAGAGAAAGACACCGAAAGAUACAAAAUACUUAGAGAGAUGAUAGAGAAGUCCGGGGCAGAAAAUGUCAUAACAAUGAAUGCAGACUUUUUGGGAAUAAAUAAAGAGGCAGAGGAAGUAUUCCAGGCAGAGUACAUUUUGGUCGAUCCAUCAUGCAGUGGCUCUGGAAUACACCCAGGAGAGGAGAAAGACCACGAAAGGUUAAACAAGCUAAGUGCAUUCCAAGUGAAAAUUCUGUUAAAAGCACUGAGCUACCCAAAGGUAAAGAAAGUUGUAUACUCCACAUGCUCUAUAUAUGAAGAGGAAAAUGAAGCUGUGGUUAAGCAAGUUCUUGACGCGUGUCCAGGCUUUGUUCUAGAGAAAGCACUUCCUCUUUGGAAUAUGCGAGGAGUAGAGGGCUAUGAAUUCAGCGAAAAUGUGAUAAGAUGCAAUGAAGAGACAGGAACAAAAGGCUUUUUCCUUGCUUCAUUUGUUAGAAAGGCAGAUGAGUAAACUCUCAGAUUAUAUAUUUAUGCAAUAAUAAUAGAUUUACAGGCAUAUCAUAAAUAAAACAGCAA